AUGUCGAAUUCUGUGAUUGACGCCUUCAAAAGGCUCAACAUGUCCACGGCCCAAGAUACGUCCGACCACGAGGCCGUGUUUGAAGUAUCGUACCAAUACUUGUCAAAAGUCAAAAAGUUCGGAGACAUCAAUGCUUUCCACAACUGUAUUGUUUCUUUAAUCAACUGCGACAAAUACUACAGGGCUUUGCAGCUCGUGGACGAGGUCCCUGAGGACAUUCACAUUGAGUUUCCUGUUGAAAAGGCCUAUGUAUACUACAAAACAGGUCACUUCGACAGAUUGAAAGCACUUUAUGAGGCCACAGCUGACUCUGAAAACUGCGAGAGCAGUAGCAUCAGCCAGAGGGCUUUAAAGCAUGUCAUGGCGCAAAGCUAUUACCAAAACGGGCACGUGUCAGAGGCCUUGCAAAUCUACCGUGAGCUAAUCUCGUCCAAUUCGGUCGACAACGAGGUGGACAUGGCAUGUAACGAAAGAGCUAUUUUGGCGCAGCUUGCAGCCAAAGAAAAUCUUGCGCAGAACCCCGUCUCCUCUGUUUCUGCUGCUGAUAAAACCAGUGAUACUGUAUUCAACGACGCCUUGAUUGCCCUUGCGGGCGGAAACAUCGGCCUGUCUCUAAAGUUCUUGAAAGAGGCGUCGUCUUUAUGUCUCGACCAGAACAUGGAUUCCGACCCCGCAGACUUGGCUUUGGAAAUUGCGCCCAUCCACUUGACGGAGGCUUAUAUCCAUCAAAUCUCGGGCAACUCUAGCCAAGCACUUCGGGUUUUAGAUUCCAUGGACUUGACUGAUGUCACUGAUCUCAUGACACGCUUGGUGUUCAAGAACAACUACAUUUCAUUAUCAGACGCUCCUGAAAACGUCAACUUCUCUGCUCGCGAGUUAAAUUACAAGGACAACUUGCACCAUUUGAGACACAAGCUCACAAAGCCGCAGUUUCAGAUCUUGAUCAAAAACAAUUUACUGUUGUCUUUCCAAAGCGGGACCUUGCCUAGAGACUCCAGUUAUUUCAGGUCGAAAUUUUACAACCAGUACAGAGAAGACUUUGCAGGCGACGUUACGCCUGUUCUUUACAAAGUUCUUUUGAAGUUAGAUAUUUCCAUGCGUGUCUUGCAAUCCACCAGUGAGGCCAAAGCCAUCAGCAGAAAGUUAUACAAGUUCUGUCUCAAAAGACUAGAACUGAAGAUCACCGAUGAUGAAACAGUUGCUGCCACUUUGCUUCUAGUGCAUGUAAGCUCCAAGCAAGCAAAGUAUGACCAGGCAAUUGCGAUCUUAGAGAAAGUUGUAUCUAUUGAACUCAAGGGCGCGCCCGAGGAAAUACACGCCUCUCUUGUUGGAACGCUUAUGAACAUCUAUGAGACUCGGCAAAAGAGUGGAAGCAAACUAGAGCAGCUCACGCAGUCUUUGACGGAGAAGUUUAUGGCAUUGACCCCACAAUCGGUUGCUGAGAGCAAAGCCUUAUACGAAUUCGUGCGUGCAUUUGCUUUCAAGCAGACCGCCAGCAAAUCUGUGCAAGUCAUGACUCCUCUCUUGCAGCUUUUGCAACAAGCCAACCCAAACGAUGCUCUUGUGUCCAGUGCUUUGACUGGUGACCAGACAGGGCUUGUACCAGCAGAAGAGCUCGCGUCAUCCAAGGACGUUGAGGAUCUCUUGGAGGUCAGCAUCGAGGAGCUCGUUCCAAACAAGCCGGUGUCCGUGAAUAUUCUGCUGGGAAGAACACAGACAAGCACGUACAAAGUGACGAAAAAAGCACAGAAGCCGCGGUUUUCGAAGAACAAGAUCGUGAGACCCGAGAGCGAGUUUGACGCGGAGAAGGAUCUCGAUAAGGAGAGAUGGCUUCCCUUGAGGCUUCGGUCGUACUACAAACCGUCGAAGAAGGACUUGAAGAAAAAAACAGGCGGUCACCAGGGCGCUGUGGAACUGUCGCCUGCACCUGUGCCUGCCUCUACUUCCACGAGCAGUGCAAGCAAGAGCAAAAGCAAAAACAAGAAGAAGAAGAAGGGGAAGAAGUAG